AUGCAACGCAUUGCCAUCGCUUCCCGCCAGUUCAGCACUGAAGCUGCGUACUCGUUCGUCAAGAGCCGUCGCGCCUACAAGGCCGAAGUCUCGGAGCUCCGCAAGCUGUACAUGCAGCAGGAAAUGGCCCGCCGGGAAAAGCUCGCCCGCGAUCAAGCCGCCGAGCGUGAGCGCAUCAUGAAGGCCAAGGCUGCCCGCUUGGAACUCAAGCGCCAGAAGCAGGCCGUCCGCGCCGAAGAGGUUGCCGCCGAGAAGGCCCGCCACGCCGAGUUUGUCGCCGCGCGCGCCGCCGAGGCCAAGAUCGUCCGCGAGCAGGAGGAAGCCAAGAUCGUCAUCAAGCGCGAGAAGGUCCUCGAAGCGUUGAAGGCCCAGUCGGCGACGUGGAUCGACGAGAACAACCUCAAGCAGCAGUUGAGCGAAGAUGUCUUUGUCUUCUCGCCCAUCAAGGUCGAAGGCAGCGACGAGGCCGCGCGCGGCAGCGCCGGCGCCUUGUCGUGGCUGGAGCGCUUGAAGAGCAUGAAGCCCGCCGACCUCGACGACGACGCGGCCAAGACCAAGAAGGAAUAA